AUGACCUCUCAAACCCCUAGACGAGAACGAGCUUCUAGCGACAGAGCUCAAGCCCAGCCCGUGCCGUCCGUCCCCCAACGACCGGGUCUGCAGAGCCGAACCAUCUCCGCUCCCGUCGGCGGCCUCUACAAACUGAAUACGUCCAACAUCACCGGGAUGGAUAACGGUCAUAAAGUGGAUCGCGCGGUCAUAGAAGAAGAUGAAUUCCUGUCCUCACCGGGUAGAAACGGGGUUUCGUCCCCUCGGGCAGGCGAUGAGCCGCUCCAGAAACCGAACUUCCCCCACGUUACCAUUGCCGUUGUCGGUCGAGAUCAUGUCGGCAAGACCACCUUCAUACAAAGCGCCCUUGACAUGAAACACCCCCUGUCUUCCCGAGCCACCACAAAGAAGAUGUCUCUGGAUGGAACGGUCUACCUGGUCCGCCUGCUAGAAGUGGACGUGAAAGAGGUCUUGGUUGCUAAUAAUGGCACCGUGAGCUGGCCGCGAUUGGGCAAUGAAUCGGCAUCGGCUCCCACCAUUGACGGAGCUCUGGUGAUCCACGACGUCACCCAACCCGCCAGUCUCCCCGAUCUGACCGGACUCUUAGAUGCCUUAACGGCGUUGUCAUUCCCGUUUGUGUUGGUCGCCAGUAAAUGCGACAUCCGCAAUUCCGAUGGACCAUUCGAGCCCGUACUAGAUAACUACGAGAUCCACCGGACAUCACCCGAAUCGCCGCGAUCACAAAAGAUGUGCAUCGCAUUGGUCUUACGGUCCGUGAUUGGCAAUAAAUAUGACCUGAUCGACUAUUCCUCCAAUCCUUUGCAGGACUGGCAUCACUCUCGCGCCAAUUCGGAGACCCCAACGUCCGUGUUCGCUGGAGCCGCGGGCGGCCCGAUUAUUAGUCCCUUCGGUUUAGGAGUCGAUGGGUACGGCGUCGACCGUCAGCCCACCGACCAGACGACCUCUCCAAAUCUGGCUUCCAAUGCUCAACCCUCCCGAUAUGCCCGGAGCAAUUCAUAUCCGGUGCGACCGCAAACUCCUCCCUGUGGCUCUCGGCUGAAUUCGCGUCGACCGUCGGCCGCGGAAGACUCCUCGCCCAGCAAGGAUCGCAAUCGCCAGCAUCGCAUGCACACUGCCUGGCGGAACAGCGCCGGGUCGGAUGCGUUUAACGGUUUUCUAGACAUGGAGGAAGAUGAGAUGGAGGGACGCCGCAGCGCGCCCUCCAGCCCGGGGAGCAAAGAGAAACCCCCCGGCAGCGAGGGCUCCUCGUCGAACGAUGCCGGCUUUACGUUUGACGAACUCGUGGAUCGACUAGUCGCUCAACCCUUAUCAAAACAAGAUUCUAAAUUCGCCUCGACCUUCCUCUGCCUCUACCGCAAAUUCGCCGCGCCAUCCACCUUGCUGAACGCGCUGAUCAAUCGAUUCGAACGAAACGAGAAACAUAUCGCCGACCAACUGACCCGCAUUGCCGAUCAGUUGCGGCUCUUGAACAUCAUGUACGUGUGGGUAUCGGAAUACCCGGGAGACCUGGUCUAUCCUAAGACUAGGAAGCGCAUCACAGAUUUCGUUGCGACGCUGGAGAAGAGUCACUUCUACAUGUUUGCCGCCAAGGAGGUCGGCUCGUCGCUCGAAGUCAAUGCAGAGGAUGAUGACGUGGGAUGGUCUUUCCGGGACGGCGACGUCGAGGGAUUUGACGGGCAAGACACCUUCCCCGAUCAUUCCGGUCGCAGCUCCCCGUCCAUGUUCCUCGGUGGCGCAUGGAACAAUGGCGAUGACACCCACGACGAAGAAGAACAGGAAGAGGAGGAGGAUCCUAUCUACAACAUGAGUGCGUUGGACCUCAGUGAGGGCGCACCAGACCCCUCUUCCAGGCUGACCGGGACCCUGUCGAGCCCAGUGGGCGAUAAACCCGGCACCAUCCCCAGCCAGUCGUUUACCUUCUUAAACCUGGAAUCUGCGCAACGAGAAGCGCAGAACUUGGAACUCACCUCCCGCCUUCCCAUGACCAAAGUGCAAUGGCGACAGAUCAUGGAGGUCCCCGACGAGGACUUUGCGCGCGAGCUGACCCGGAUCGACUGGAUUAUGUUCAAUUCCUUCCGACCGCGGGAUCUCGUGCGGCACGUCAGCAUAUCAGGACCGGACAAGGAUAAGAUCCAGAGCCUGAAGCACGUCAAUCGCAUGAUCAAACAAUUCAAUCAUCUGGCCUUUUUUGUCGCCAGUUUUAUCCUUUUCCGAGAUAAGCCGAAGCACCGGGCUAAGGCAAUGGAGAAAUUCAUGAACAUCGCCCUGAAACUCCGCCGCCUAAACAACUACAACUCCCUCGGGGCCGUGAUCGCCGGAAUCAACGGCACACCGGUCCACCGACUCGGACAAACGCGCGAACUCGUGCCCGUCCAAACCCAGAAAGAUUUCAUGAGGCUGGUCAUCCUCAUGGGAACCCAGAAAAGCCACUUCGCGUAUCGACUGGCCUGGGACAAUUCGUUCUCCGAACGCAUCCCCUUCUUGCCGCUUCACCGUCGCGAUCUCGUCUCCGCCGAAGAGGGCAAUAAGACCUUCGUCGGCGAUAGCAAAACGCGCAUCAACUGGAGCAAAUUCGAGGUCAUGGGCGAAGUGGUCCUGGGGAUCCAGCGGAGUCAGAAAACUCCGUAUGCACAUAUGCAUCGGUAUGAGGAGGCGGCUCGCUUGAUUCUCGAAACGAGAUUAUCGGGCGAUGAUGAGGACUUAUACGCCCGCAGCACGCACGUCGAGCCGUCUGCUGGAGGCGAACGACGAAAGUUCGGCUGGUUACGGUCAUAG